AUGUAUGCAAACAUAAGAAUUUUAGUAAUUCUGGUGCUUACGUCACAUCAGAGUUGCUUUGGAUAUUACAUCAGGAAUGCGGAGGAGUCUUCGGCCACAAAAAAUGUGGGUGCUGCUAAAAAUCGCAACGAUGAAUGGGGAGCAUUCCAGAAUACGCUAGGACUAUCUCAAGAGAAAGUUGAACUACUGAAGUCACAGAAGGAUCAACAGGGCACAAAGGAGUUGCUCAAUCGAUUCAUCAAGGAAAACCCAAAGUACCUAAGUACUACCAAUAAGAAUACAAACACAAAGGCGGUUAAACGACCAGGUUAUCAAUUCAAUCGACUUCUACGAGCAUUGGUGAAGAAUCUGAAGAACUCGAACCGAAUGCUGAAGACAUCCUUCAAUUUCGAGCUGGCCGACAGACCCUUGAAGCCAUUGAAACGCUCUCGUCGCAAGAUUGCCGUCAAGAUGGUGUCGGACAUGUCCUCGGAACGGGUUGAUCAUCUAAUUAAAAUGUUCUACGACAAGCACAACAUUCAACCCUCGGACUUCUAUAAUGAUAGGAUUAAUGACUCCAAUGACGAUGGUGAUUACAGUGAUCCGGAGAUGACACGGCGGACACAAAUGGACGCUGAUUUCGAUUCGGAAUACGACUACGACAAUCUCUACGACGACGAACGUGACGUUGCCUUAACUGCCAAAUCCAACCAGAACUUGGAAUAUGGUUCAUUCCAGGAUCUCAUUCUUCAGGCGAAAAGAAAUCAAUGGGAGCAGGAGAGUGAGGAGACAAAGUUGCAUAUUCCCCAUAAUGAUCAUUUCAUUUGA